AUGUCCCCUCACGUCAAGCCCGGAUUCUGGGGGAAAAUCCUCGCCCUCCUUGUGUUGCUGGGCUAUGGUGGCAGCCUUGCAGUGCAGCCGGUUGUCUUCAGCCAACCCAAACCGCAGCCGCGCAAGGGAUUGCCAAAUGACUUGCGCACAUCGGCUAUGAGCCAAGACCCGGGUGACUUUGUUUUGACAGCAUCCGAAAGAGCUUUGUUGAGGGAACUCGGCCAGGCUGCCAAACGGAGACAGUGGCGAAAGGUCAAGGAGUUGCAAGGUGCGGUGAGAAUCCCAAAGACACCAUUUUUCAAUGCUGAACUCGAUGCAGCUCUCAAGUGCCGCGAGUACCAGGCUGGCGCAGAAGUAUAUGACGAGCUAUGCGCAUUAUCGCUUCCGCAGGCGAUCGUCAGCUACAACCUCGGCAUGAAAUUGUUCGCUAAGUUGGGUGAUGGAGCCCGCGUCCGCAGCAUAUGGGCAGAGGCCCGCAAGGCUUAUAAAAUGGAUGUGACAAUGGCAGCUGCCAGGCUUGUGGCAGCGGCCGAUGAGGCAGACAUGGAGACGGCGCUAUCUCUUCUGGAUGAAAUGAAGGAUCAGAAAGUUCAGGCAGAUGCUGGCCACUUCACUUCCGUAGUGCGUGCAUGUCAACAUGCACCUGGUGGAGGUCAUCAAGAAGUUAUGCGCGCUUAUCGUCUGAUGGUGGACAUGGAUGUGACUCCUCAUCUUCGGUUCUAUACAAUCCUGUCAACAGCAUUUGCAGGAAAACCUGUCGAGGACCUCCAGGAGAUUCUUGCAGAUAUGGAGCGUCGUGGCCUGGAGUACGACACUGUCUUUGCAGACAAACACUUGCAAGCUUUGCUUUCAGAAAGGAAGGUUCGGGUUGACAAGAUCGGCGAGAUACCCAGAAACAGACUGAUGGCGGCAGCAGCUGCCCUGGCGAAAUUCAAGACAGCCCGCAAGGCAUCCUCCAAGUUUUGUAAGAAGUUGGAGGAAGCGUUGCAGGGCGAAGGCUUUGGUGUUUAA